GUUGUUGUUGUUGUUGUUGUUGUUGUUGUUUUUCAUAUGCUCCCCUUUAGUUCCUGAAAACCUUUCACAUGAACUCUUAAGUACAAAAAUAUAAAUGAAAUAAACAUGUUUCCAAAUUCUGGAGCAGCCAUAAACAUCAUUUUUCUGACGAUACACAUCGGUACCAAAGCACGUUUAGAAUAUUGGACGGUUUAAUGUAGUAUCCGGUGGGAUGUAAUAGCAGGUUAAAGAGACAAUAACAACCACCACCCCCGGCCCUAGUCCCCCUCCCUCCUCCUCUUCUUAGACGCUCUGUCACAUCGAGCUUGGUCGUGUCUCGCAUUCGUCGGUGCUCCACUCCGGUCCCCGGGCGCUCCGGACCUGCCACGCGUGCAGAAACGUACUGUGGACCUACUCAGGAAUUCUCCAUCCCAACACCCAAUUCCUGACGCUGAGGAUUUACUUAUUUAGUUCACAGUUUUCAGCCCAGUUUAAAAACUUUUCCGAUCAGAUUUUUUUUUCUCACCGGUGAUGCCUCCGGACUGGAGACGCACUGGGACGCACCCGAACGUGAAAGGUGCAGCACUCUUAAACGGCCAAAGACUUCGAGGAAGCUCUGUGUACACAAAAAUGAAAGAAAGUUGACGGUUUGGCGGCAGAUUUGAGUUUAAAAACUAUCAAAACCCAGAGAUGGAUCAAUCGAUCACACGGUUUCAUUUUGCGGUUUAGAGCCAUGAGGAUGUGUGCAGCCCUGAGUCUCCUGUGUUUGUGGCUGUGCAGCGAGGCCGUCGUUUGUCAACUUCACUGGGACAAAACAAAGACGACGUUUAGUCCUUAUAAUAAAUCCGCCACCGUUGAAAGGAAUGUGCACAGCCGGAGAUGGCGCACAGUCAGCCAGGAGGACCGUGGGGGGACACGCAGUACGAGUGCAGAAGCCUCAUGGCUGGUUCCUCUAAACUCCUCGUCGUCUGAGCUGCCAGAGAAAAAGAUCACCAGGCGCUCUCUGCGUGAAGGUGGUGCCCAAAGUGGAACUCGGUCAUUUUUACCAGAAGUUUUAAUUUUAGGCACGAAAGAAAAUGAUAAAAAUGAGCCGAGCAAUGAAGUGUCUAAACAAACCCAGCAUGGACACAACUGCACGCGCAGGAUGAGUGGACGCACACGAAGGCAAAGGCGGGUUGCCGUAUCCGGCAGGGCGACGCACAGCGAACCGCUACCUGUGGCCAUGGCGCAGGAGCUAGAAGCCGACCCCCCCUUCAGACUCAAUACAAGUGACUAUGAGGACGAGUACUCUCUCCCGGACUUUCCCGACACCACGCGGCUCGUUCCGGUGAACACGCGAACCAGACGCAAGCAGGUAAAGAAUCCAUUCUACCCGGUAACCGCGGAUUCGUACGGAGCCUACGCUGUACUGAUAACCGCCGCCCUCAUCUUUACAGUGGGCAUCAUUGGGAACGUGUCGAUCAUGUGUAUUGUAUGUCACAACUACUACAUGAGGAGCAUCUCCAACUCGUUGCUAGCCAGCCUCGCGCUCUGGGAUUUCGUCAUCAUCUUCUUCUGCUUGCCGCUUGUGGUGUUUCAUGAGCUCACCAAGAAAUGGCUGCUGGGAGAGUUCUCAUGCAGGAUUAUCCCCUAUCUGGAGGUGGUUUCUCUUGGGAUCACAACCUUCACACUGUGUGCUCUGUGCAUUGAUCGUUUCCGGGCAGCCACCAACGUGCAGAUCUAUUAUGAGAUGAUUGAGAACUGGGCAUCUACCACUGCAAAGCUGGCGGUCAUCUGGGUGGGCGCUUUGCUGCUGGCGUUGCCUGAGCUGCUGAUCAGACAGCUGGUCACUGAGGACGACGAGCCACCUGAUGUGACACCAUGUGAACGUUGUGUAGUUCGCAUCUCAACAGACCUCCCGGACACACUCUAUGUCUUGGGGCUCACCUACAACAGUGCACGCCUCUGGUGGUACUUUGGCUGCUUUUUCUGCCUGCCAACGCUGUUCACCAUCUGCAGCUCACUAGCGACUGCCCGCAAGAUCCGCAACGCCGAGUGGGCCUGUGUCCGUGGGGGCAAGAAGCAGCUUCAGCUGGAAAGCCAGAUGAACUGUGCCGUGGUAGCUUUGGCCAUCCUCUAUGGGUUCUGCAUCAUUCCAGAGAACAUCUGCAACAUCAUUAAUGUGUAUAUGGCGGCCACCAUUCCCAGGAGAGCCCUGGACAUUCUGCACCUUGUCAGCCAGAUGAUGCUCUUUUGCAAAUCGGCUGUGACGCCCGUUUUGCUGUUUUGUCUAUGCCAGCCAUUUGCCAGAGCCUUCUUGGACUGCUGUUGCUGCUGCUGCGACGAAUGUGGCCCGCCCCACUCCCCCACCACUGCCACUAGCAACAUUGACAAUGAGUGCACCACCACCGAGCUUGAGCUGUCGCCAUUCAAUACCACCCGCAGGGAAGCAUCCACCUCUGCCACCUACUCUGCUGUGGGGACAAACUACUGAGGUCAAUAAUCAACAUUGCCAUUGUACCAAUCCAUAGCUAUGAUUUUGCACGCAAGGGUUGACCCUGCUUUCCAGCACUCGACGCUUGAGAGGGGAAGUACGAUGCGAUGAUAUGAUAGAUUAUUGACAAGCGCUCUCUCCUACAGUGUCCAAGAGUGGAGCUACACCUGAGUGGAUAAACACCUUGUCUCCCCAAUUUUAAACCCAAACAAACAUUCAAUUCAAAAGCUUAGCAAAAACUUGUUUCUAAAAUAUCUGAGAUAAUUCAAAGGACAUACAACUAUAUAUAAAAUGAACAUUCUACAUAUUAAGUAGUUAGUUACAGUUUGUUCCAUUAUGAGAGGUGUUACACCAAACGCCCUGAAUUGUCUAAAACAACCCGAUGUACGGCAGGGCUGGAAUGGCUGCAGUGAAAGGAAUGUGUGGCUCCUGUGGACACAGACCCUGAGACUGCGCUUCAUCUGAUGGGAUCAGCAGAUAGUUUUUUGUUUGUUUGUUUACUUGUUUGUUUUUAAAACACCCCAAACUCUUGAACACGCUUAUGUUUACUGACUCACCGAAUGAACCUGCUCUCUAUCUAUUAACUGUUAAAAGAUUUUCUAUAUUUGAAUGAACAGUAUUAGCCACUGGCAAAAACCUCAGCAUUUUUAAUGAACUCACUGGUAUUUUUACUGAAUCUGAGAUCAGUUGUAAACUACUUUUUGUCACUGUUUACAAAAUCUGAAACAAGACAUGGUUGGUACAUUUCUGAUGUCACGAGAGUUUGUACCGUAAUUCAAUUUGUUUACAGAUACUUUUGUAAUUCUCCUCCGCACAGUUUAACUUUCAAAGCCAGAGGAGCGAAUUUUACCCGUGGUUGUGCAGAAAUGUUUUCACGUAAAUAUGCAGUUGUUUUAGCUCCACCAGCAUUUCCUUCUGUGGUACAGACAUUAGUAACAGUUACUGUAGUACCUAGAUGUUUUAAAUAUAGUCAGUCACAACUGUUUUUUUUUUCUCUUUCUGUCAAAAAUUGUAGUUAAUUAUAGAAAAGUAUAUAAUUUUUUUUUUUAAAGAAAUUUACAUUGAAAUAGACUUCAUGUCUGUUGGCCCUUUGACACACUGGUGACCUGUCCACAGUAUACCCCACUUCUUAUCCUCUAGCAGCUGGGAUAGGCUGGAGCCCCUCGGCAACCCCUAAUUGGCCACUAACCUUUCAAAGAAAGAUUUUAAGAUUGUAUUUAUAUUAUUGUAGGUUUCUACCUUACAAUAUACAGUGCCUUGAGGCAACCACUGUUGUAAUUUGAUGCCACACAAAUAAAACUCAAUUGAAUUUGAAGUAAAUUUAUAUAGUAGUCAGUUCCCUUUCUCCAAAUGGUCCUUUUAAGAAACUGUAACCAAAUUAUAAUUUAGUAUAAAUAAAGAUUUCAUUAAAAAGCAUUUUCCAUGAAA